AUGGAAAUACCGCGACCUGGGUCACGUAUCGAAAUAGUCGCUGCAAUGCGUCGAGUUAGGUAUGAGUUUAAAGCGCGAGGAAUCAAAAAGCGUCCGGUAGAUAUUACAGUUUCCAUUGAUGGCAUCAAAGUGGUUCUGCAUCGAAAAAAAAAAAAUCAAAAGGAUGCCACUUGGGAUGAAAGCAAACUUUUGGUAAUGUUUCAUCCAAUUCACAGGGUAUUUUAUGUAUCUCACGAUUCUCAGGAUUUACAAAUAUUCUCUUAUAUUGCGCGGGAUGGUGCUUCGAAUACAUUCAAGUGCAAUGUUUUUAAAUGUUCCAACAAGGUAUCCUAG